UGCAGGGGAGGAGAGGACAGGGCUCUGUCCCCGGCGGGUGUGGAGACACCUGGGGCGGAGGAGGGUGUGUCAGGGCGCAUCCCAAUAGGGCCUGGCGGCAGAAAGUGGAACCCGAGGUAGCCAGGCAAAAGCGGGGUCGCCAAGUCCGAAAGAGGCGUCCGAGACGUGGCCGGAAGGUGCAGGGUCGGGGCCAGAGCCCCUCGAAGGACGGGUGCUGGGGCAGGUGUGAACAGGCGGGCAGAGGGCCCCGCGGGAGAGUCCAGAGGAGGGGUGAAGAGGGUCGGAGCGCUCCCCGCCGGACGCCACCGCGAAAAAAGAAACCGAAAGUGGAGCUGGGGGCGGGGCCGGCAGGGGGCGGGGCCUCCCACCGUCGCUAGCCCAAGGAGCUGGUUUAAAAGACUGGCGCAGGGGCGGGCGCCGAGCAGAGCGAGCUGCGGCCGUGGCAGCUGCACGGCUCCUGGCCCCGGAGCAUGCGCGAGAGCCGCCCCGGAGCGCCCCGGAGCCCCCCGCUGCCCCGCCCGCGGCGCCCCGCGUCCCGCCGCCAGCGCACCCCCCGACGCUAUGGCCCACCCCUCCGGCUGGCCCCUCCUGUAGGAUGGUAGCACACAACCAGGUGGCAGCCGACAAUGCAGUCUCCACAGCAGCAGAGCCCCGACGGCGGCCAGAGCCUUCCUCCUCUUCCUCCUCCUCGCCCGCGGCCCCCGCGCGCCCGCGGCCGUGCCCGGCGGUCCCGGUCCCGGCCCCGGCCCCCGGCGACACGCACUUCCGCACGUUCCGUUCGCACGCCGAUUACCGGCGCAUCACGCGCGCUAGCGCGCUCCUCGACGCCUGCGGCUUCUACUGGGGGCCCCUGAGCGUGCACGGAGCACACGAGCGGCUGCGCGCCGAGCCCGUGGGCACCUUCCUGGUGCGCGACAGCCGCCAGCGGAACUGCUUCUUCGCCCUCAGCGUGAAGAUGGCCUCGGGCCCCACGAGCAUCCGCGUGCACUUCCAGGCCGGCCGCUUCCACCUGGACGGCAGCCGCGAGAGCUUCGACUGCCUCUUCGAAUUGCUGGAGCACUACGUGGCGGCGCCGCGUCGCAUGCUGGGGGCCCCGCUGCGCCAGCGCCGCGUGCGGCCGCUGCAGGAGCUGUGCCGCCAGCGCAUCGUGGCCACCGUGGGCCGCGAAAACCUGGCGCGCAUCCCCCUCAACCCCGUCCUCCGCGACUACUUGAGCUCCUUCCCCUUCCAGAUCUGACCGGCCGCGCCCGCCGUGCACGCAGCAUUAACUGGGGUGCCGUGUUCUUUUCUGUUAUUUGCCUGGAGCUACGGGGUGGGUACCUUCCCCUGCCUGGGUUGGAGGGAGCGGGUGGGUGUAGGGGCAAGGCGCCUCCCGCCCUCGGCUGGAGACGAGGCUGCAGACCCCUUCUCACCUCUUGAGGGGGUUCUCCCCCUCCUGGUGCUCCCUCGGGGUCCCCCUGGUUGUUGUAGCAGCUUAACUUAACUGUAUCUGGUGCCAGGACCUGAACUCGCACCUCCUACCUCUUCAUGUUUACAUAUACCCAGUAUCUUUGCACAAACCAGGGGUUGGGGGAGGGUCUCUGGCUUUAUUUUUCUGCUGUGCAGAAUCCUAUUUUAUAUUUUUUAAAGCUAGUUUAGGUAAUAAACUUUAUUAUGAAAGUUUUUCUUAAAAAAAAAAAAAAAAAAAAA